CAGUUUGUACAGUCUGAAUAUGUCGGCUGGAUAAAAUACGUUAACUGUUAUCAUGAGCAAAACGAUUUCUUUUGGUUAAGUUUAUCGUCAUUAAGUUAUCGUAAAAAAGAUUGUAAUUGAAAAGUUUGAAGGUACGGAUAAAAUGAAUGUACUUGACUGAAGAAACUGAACUCGCCAUAUUGUACGUUAAAAGAUUAAAUAAAGGAGGCCUUAUGUCAAGUCAGUUCAGUAUUGGGAGGGCCGACGACGUGUGCCAAUAUGAAGAAGCUAUUUUCAAAAAUCGAAAACACGUCGAAGGAACUCAACAGUUAUAUAGGAAAGGUUUUUGUAGUAGGACGUUGCACUGUCACUGUCGAAGAAGUUUUAGCCGAAGGAGGAUUCGCUAUUGUAUUCCUGGUUAAAUCUUCGAGCGGACGUUAUGCACUUAAACGCAUGUACGUUAAUAACGAACAUGACCUCAAUGUAUGUAAGAGGGAGAUACAAAUUGCGAGUAACUUAAACGGUCAUAAGAAUAUAAUAGGAUACGUGGACAGUAGUAUCGCUCACAUAGGAGGAGGAGUACACGAACUUUUGCUUUUGAUGCCUUAUUGCAAGUCCCAAGUUCUUCAGAUGAUGAAUAACAGGUUGCAAACUGGUUUUAGCGAAUCCGAAAUUUUACAAAUAUUUUGCGACGUUUGCGAAGCUGUAUCCAGAUUACAUCAUUGCCAGACACCGAUAAUACAUAGAGAUCUAAAAGUUGAAAAUAUAUUGUAUUCGGAUACUGGUCAUUACGUUUUGUGCGAUUUUGGUUCGGCGACAGCAAAAAUUUUGAACCCUAGUGUGCACGGUGUGGCGAUAGUUGAAGAAGAAAUUAAGAAAUAUACGACCCUUAGUUACAGAGCACCCGAAAUGGUGGAUAUGUACUGUGGCAAAGCAAUAACAACAAAAGCAGAUAUAUGGGCAUUAGGCUGUUUAUUGUACAAACUUUGCUUUUUCACAUUGCCAUUCGGAGAAAGUACACUCGCUAUUCAGUCAGGAAACUUCACGAUACCGGAUAAUUCGAGGUAUAGUAGAAAUCUUCAUUGUUUGAUUCGUUAUAUGCUCGAGCCGGAUCCUGAUAGUCGUCCCGACAUUUACCAAGUUGCUGUGAUCGCAUUUCAAAUACAGGGCAAAGAAUGCCCUGUACAGAAUUUACACAAAACGCCAACGCCUGUAUUGGAAUCUUUAGCUUGUCCACCUAUGGAAUCGGAAAAUGUAAAAAGAUCAUCAUUGGUGAAAACACCGAAACCGAGUACGACUCCGGUAACAACCGUGGAGGGUACAUCGGUUACGCCGAGACAACGACCAAAAGGACAAGCUGUAAGCGCCGGUCCUAUAAGUUUAAGCGGCCAGAUAGUGAGUCAAAUAUCUGGUCAGGGUAGUCAGUGUUUGCAGUCGCAAAGUUCAGCAGGAAAUUCGACGAUCGCGUUCGUUCAAAUGGGUCAACAAGUUGGUUCAUUGAACGUACCAUCUCAGUCGUAUAUCGUAGGUCAGAGUAUGCAACAAAAUGUUCAGCCGGCAGUAGGAACGAACAUACAAGCCACACCGUCGUCUCUCGUUCAAGUUACGUCGCAAAUUUGUACGAACAGUCAAACCGUUUCAUUCGUACAAGCUCAAACUCAGCAAGCGCAGUACAGUCCAGUACAGCAGUCACAGAGUUCGGUGAUUGGAGGAAAUCAGCAAUCUCCCGUGACUGUUCAGGAUAAAAAGAAUUCCUAUUACUUUGAGUCAAAGUCGGGCAACAAGAAGGUGGAGGAAGAAAAUUUGGAAGCAUUGUUUCCACCGUCUGGUUAUCCAGAUCCGUUUAAAGAAGAGGAUAACCGAGCCAUGCCGCCACCGGCUAAAAUACCACCUCCUGUAGCUCCAAAACCGUGUAAAAUUGUACCGAAGGCGUCGAAUAUUUCUGUUAAUUGCCCAGCUCCAAAGUUGACAGCGGUUACUUCGUUAACUUUGAAAUUAAAUGCCACAACGGGAGGUAGCAAGGGGGCGAGUUGUAUAACACCGCCAACUUUACCGAAACCGGUGAAUAAAACGGAAAGUUUGAGUCAGAAUAUCAGUUCGAGUACAUCACCGCCGGAUAGCCCAACAUUAAUUUCUGCACGACAUCGAAGAAAUGUGAGCGAUACGAGCGCUUUCAACAAAGCGUUUGCAAGCGAAACGACUCAGUUUUUAGCACCGUACGAAGCUUCGGUUAAAUCACGAUCAGAAGAUGUUACGUCUCCCGAAGUUGUAACCGAUAUAAGACCUUGUCUAGGAUCUAGCGCUUCACAUGUACGUAUUGGCGAACUGUCGAGCGUAACCGCAACCGAAGGGAGAUCGUUAAGCGCGGAUGUUGCUGCUUGGAAUCCGUUCGAAGAUGUUCAACCUUUUAAUCAGUUAACCGAAGAUCAUAUUUUCGGUGCGGAAUUUGAUAAAAUUAGAAGGGGAAGCAAUGCUAGUACAAGCGGCGUAAAGAGCCGCGAAAGUCUUGUUAUGACGUGUACUACAGAGUUACCAGAAGAUCCGUUCGAGUCUGCACCUUUCAGUUUGCCAAGAAAGAAGAACAAAAUUGGAUCAAAGACGGCAGCACUUGCUGGAGGCAAGUCUGUAAACGGUAGAUUGAGAAUGACUUCGAACCAGUGGAAUUCGAGUAUCGAACAUGUUGAAGCGGACGAGGCGGAAAUCCUUCCGGCAAGGAACGCUUCCGUUUCUCCGCACUUUGUUCGAGCUCCCGUAGAAGAUCGCUCGAAAUACGAAAAAUUGUUGUUCGAUGUUGGCGAGGUCGAUUCGAGCGACAGUGACAAGGAGGUGCCUAAUCGAACGGAAAAACUAAUCGAACAGAAGAGGAGAAGGAUGAAGAACAAGAACAAGAAGAAGAACGCAUUGCGUAGGAAGAAGAAAAUGCAAGAUGCGAAAAAUUGUACGAUCAAAAACAACGAAUCGGACGAUUCAAUAGGUUCUGCCAGUGAUUUGAGAACGCUGAAUGACACCGAGUGCAACGAUAUCGAUAUCGAUAGCGAUCACGAUACCGAUACCGAUACCGAUACCGAUACCGAUACCGAUACCGAUACCGAUACCGAUACCGAUAAUGAUGAGGAGCAUGGCGUGAUUCGAACCAACGGUAUUACUAUUAACGAGGAUGAGCAGACAAACGACUAUCAUAGUCAUGGCGACGAUGACGACGAUGACGAUGAUAACGAGGACGGUGACGAUGACGAUGACGAUGACGACGACGACGACGACGAUCGUGAGGAUGUAACGCGCAAACAGUUGAAUAAAAGUGCGCCGGUAAAAAUACGAGGAGCCUGUGAUUUUAUUGCCACGCAUGAACAUAAUAGAACAAAAAGGUCAAAGAAACAUUAUCAAACACACAAAUUAAUGACUCGAAUUAAUACGGAUCCUGUCGUUGGACACCAGUACGGGGAGAAACCUUUGUUACUGGAUGACGAACUGGACCUGGAAUCGAAAAUCGAACGAUCGAGCGUCGAUCCGUUCGUUGGUCAUCGCUAUGAUUCGAGUUCCCUAUCGUUAAACGACAAUAUUUCUUCAAAUGGUAACGGAAGGACAAAAGUUGGAGUAUCUGCGCGUUGGCAAGUAGAAGAGGAUGUGUUUGCUCUGGCUCCGUUUCCUAAAUCAGCCCAUUCGAGGAAAGCUGUUGGACAACGAACGACUUAUAGAAAUACGAUGUCGUCGCUUAUUCCCGCUUACACUUUAUCCACAAUUCCCAAUGUCGCCGUGUUAAACACGGACGGUUCACGAAAAUCGUCUACAAAUAUCACGAACAAGGAAUCUUACGAGGAUAGAAAUUUUUCAAUCGGACAAACUAAACGAUUUUCCUCUAAACUGAUCUCGAACGUUUAUCCAGUUAUUGGUAGGAAAAAUAACCAGAGUAUGGAAGAAAGAAUAAUAAAAAAAAAAAAUGAGAGAAAGGAAGAAAAAGGAGAAGAGGAGGAGGAGGAAGAAGAAGGAGGAAGUGGUGGAGGAGAAAUAGAAGUAGAAAAGGGAAAAGAGAAUAAAGAAAAGGAUUUGUUUGGCUCUUCUCCGUUUAGUCUAAACAGUUUUGUAAAUCCUUUUAAUACCGUUCCAAAUCGAUGGACGAUAACGGAACCGACAACAAUUACAACGGCAACAACGACUACGACUACGAGGACAAUGACGACGACGACAACGACGACGACGACGACGACGACGACGCCGACGACGACGACGUCAACAACUGUAUUUAUAAAUCGAGAAGUAUUGCGUGACAAGGACUGCUCCGAAGCUUCUGUUAAUUGUAUGGUUCCGUGUUUACGAUUUAUGGAGGUAGCGCGGUCGAAAGAUGCUGACACCUCGAUAGGGGUGACAAUGUCGAAUUCAAAGUUUCUUGGUACGAGACUGGAUCGUAGCGAAAGUUUGUCAGCUACGGAAGGGAGUAUCGUCGAGCGUAUAGAAAGCGCGCAAAGUUCCAAGGAUUUGUUCGGUUCCGUUCCGUUUGAUGAAUUUCGCUCUUUUCGAUCGAACGAACAAAAAAGGCCGACCUCGGUGCCCUUUUAUUCCCGAUCCUCGGCAAAUUUCCUUGAGGAUAGCGAACGCGCAAUCUCCACGGAUAAAGCGCAUUCACCGAAUACCGUCCAAUCAAUGUCCGGCUCGCAAACGGCCUAUUCGAUAGAACCGAUUCGACAUCCCACGCGAAUUGCCGCUGAAACAGUUAACAGCGUAUCAAACAUAGACAUUGUAUCGGACAUUGUUUCGCCCAUGUCGCCGGAGCCUUUGGUCACGGAUGAUGCGCCAAAAUACAAGAAAGACAAAUUUAAAUCGGACAAGUCGAAAUAUCGUUUGAUCGACGAGAGCUCGGCCGGUGGCGAGCUUGUCCUCGAUGCUGCUCUACUCUCCUCAAAGCCGUCUCACAAAGUGAAAUCCACUUGUUACAAACGAAGCCCGAGAACAAAAAAGUGUUCAGCGGUUACCGCGGCAGGCUUCAGUAACAUGAGUUUCGAAGAUUUCCCGAGCGACGAAAAUGAGGAGAAACAAGUUAGAAAUACCAGAGUCGCGCCGUUCGAAGUGAUCAGAGAGUCGGAAAAACGAUUCGGAUCGUUGAAAAGAAGGAGCAAUCCGUUCACUUGAGAAUAAUACAACCUGCUACAAGGUAUAGGUAUAGCUAUGCACCGCCGCAUAUCCUUAUGUUUUAUUCUUUAUCCUUUAUACUUAAUACUUAAUACUUUAUUUGUUCCUCUGUCUUCGCGACAACGCGACAACGCGACAACGCGACAACCCUCCCUCCAGUUAGUUGCCUUUAUUUUCGGAUGCCUGCAUCUUUUUUUCACUCUCGUUUAUUCUCUUGCCUUUUAUCAUUCUGUUAAAGCUCUUAAAUUCAGUGGAAGAAAAAUCGUCUCUUUUUUCGUUUCUUUCUUUACUUACGUCUCUGAAACACGAUGCUUCGAGUCGCUGCUGUCCAUUGCGUAAAAGAUGCGGGUAAGCUCGUUGCUCGGAUAAGCAUUUCGAUAGCUGAUAGCUGAUAGCCGAUAGUCGUUUCACCGAUCACCCUGUUUACCUACAACAUCAAGUAUUAAAUAAGAAAAAAAAAGAAAAGUGAAGAGAAGCAGAUGAAAGAAAGAAAUGAAACACGAUUAAUUGGAAAAUUAAGGAAAAAUGAGAGAGCGGAGAGAGAGGUGAUACAAGGAAAAGAGGAAAAACUGGUGCAUCUAUUUUUGCAGCUAUAAGCAUUUUCACCACGUAUUUCUACCAAGUAUUACUAUGAUUCAUCGAUUAUUGUACAUGAGAUAUUUUCUUCUAAAGAAGGAGAUAUCAGGUAUCUAAAACUCACACAUAUACGCAGUCAAGUGACAUCCGCUUAAUAAAAACUCCGUUUCUCUGUCCAGCGUUGUGCGUGUAUCGUCUAUUGUACACUUUGCGCUGUAUACGAGUUGCGAAUAAUGUGCUGAAUUUCUCGGAGAAACAGUGUUGAGAGGCAGAAAUGUUUGCCAGGGAUAUUGCUCUUUAGUACCUUUUAUUCCUAAUCCACGUAGAAUUCAAAUUUUGUAACAGAAAUUACAAUUAUUCGCUGGAAACGGAUCUUUUAUCGAUCUGUGCUUUUUCUUCUCCUUUUCACUUUUAAGCUUCACCAGCACUGUAUCGCUCUUGUAAACAUAGAAAGAUCAGGUAAAUGAAAAAAAAAAAA